AUGGCCAGUUUUCUGCAAGAUUCGUCGCUGUUUCGGUCGAAACUGGCCACAUUCAAGUUGGAUAAGUCGGAAAAAGAGAUUGGUGAUGUCUCGGAGACAACACUGUGCAACGACUCAGGGAUUGUAGAAGAGGGAGAAAGGAAUGUUUUUGUUGACCAUGCUCCCCAAAAAACAAGAUUUGCUCCAGAAAUGCCCUCUAAGCCACACAAAAGAAGGAAGCACGCCGAAACACAGGCUUCCAUCGAUUACCUACUCUCCACGAUAUCUCAUCUGAACACCACAACAGAGAAAAACGGCUCAGAGCUCAGACAGACUGAGGCCAAAUUAGCGGAGGCAAACGGAAGACUGGCAGUGUAUAAGCGGCUGGCUACUUCGUUUAAGGAGAGGCUCAAGUUGCUGGAGUCAGACUUGUGUGUUUCGCGGAAAGAGCUGCUACAGGGAAAAAAGAAAUGCACGGAUUUGAGCAGGACUACGUUCGAGGUGCUAAAGGAGUCCAGAGAGCUCAAGAGGACUGCUCAGGACACCAAGGAACAAUUACAGUUGCACAUGAAAAGGUUUGAAUGGCUCAAGGCCAGACAUAUCGACACACAAGGUAGGGCCACAAAACAGGAGAUAGAGAUGACGUCUUUGCGAAUGAGGCUUGACGACGCUCUUUCGAGACUGGAGGAAGAGCGGGCCAGAAACGCGGAACUUAUGAAGAUGAUUGGAAAUAAGGAAAAUACGGUCGUCUCGACAGACAAGCUAGAAAAAGAUGUUCACCAAAUAUAUACAAUUGGAGCCAAAUUCGAGCAAGGUUUGGUAGCCGUGUCACGAAAAAUGUCUGAGCAGAUGCGUCGGUUGGCAGAGAGAUCUGAAAAGAUCCCUGGAAAACUCGAGGAUAUUGAGAAGACGCUAAAUUCUGUCCACGAAGCGCAGCAGCUUUCUGGAGACCAGGCUCUGCUCGACUUUAAGCAGGCCAAGCGAGAGGUGGAGUAUCAGUCACUGAUGCAGGAGUAUAACCGCUUGAAUGCAGAGCAUGCAGAUUUUGAGAAGCGACACAACGACAAGUUACAGGAGAUCGAGACCUUGAAGCAGACCGUGGCGUCCCAAGCCGAGAAGCUGGCAUCUCUAGGGAUGGAAAUAACCACUUCGGAUGCAAAGGAGGAGUUGGAAAAACCAAAGGCUCCCCGCAAAAGAAAGCGCGGCAGACCAAAGGCGUCACAUCUCCUCAACUAA